AGCACAUUGCAAACACAGAGCAGUGCCACCUUUGUGGAGAGAGGAGGAGCAAGGACAGCGCAACCAUGGUGGUAUCGGUCGUGGCGAAGUACAUGCAGGCGUACAGGCAGUUCGGCUUGAGGGCGGCGCUUACCAAGAUGUACACGGUCGGGGACGUUAAGUUCGGAGACUUCAAAGGGGAGGAUGCGCACGGAAACAAGUACUACGAGAACAAGGAAUACCCUUACGGCGAAUGGGUAGAGUACGCCGACAUCCACAACUACGACAGCAGCUCGGUCACGGCCUCGUGGCACCCGUGGCUGCACCACAUGAGCGACCACACCCCCUCCGCCGGGGCAGAGCUUCCGGAGGUAAAGCCCAUCGCAAUCGCCGUCGGGCAGCACAUGCCGCACAACGACUUCGUCGCGCCCGGGCGGGUCGACGGCGUCAACCGAUCCACGUGGAGGCCGCGGGGUGCCGGAAUGGGCAACAUCUGGCAGGAGCCCGGGGAACCCGACAUGUACUACAAGCAGCCGGGGCACCCGCAGCAUGAGCUGUCUGACAAGGGGGGACGAUUCAGCAAGCAGAAGAGCAUGGAGACGUGGGACCCCAAGGACCCGAAGGGCUUGAACACCAAGCAGCCGAUCCGAGACCUGACGGAAGUAUAACCAUUGGUCGGGAUGUAGGCGUAAAUAUAGCGGUGUUUCCUCCAUGUUGCUGUCGUUAUGGAAUGCGAAGUGUGGAGGUUGCCGCGCCUUGUGUCCGGUCUCUUUUGCUCAUUCGUGUUUCGUCGACAAAAGAUAGUUCCAGUGAGGAGGAAGACCUUUUCAGAAGACAGCUUGUCGUUUUGCUCCAGGGAAUGGCGAAAGGCGGUUCGUUUUCGUGUCGAAAGGGAACGCCGUUGUUCAUUGGGAGAUGCUUCAUCGUCGCCGUUGUUCCCAAGGGAAUACCAUUCAUGCUGUGGGGAAGCAGUCGCUGUUAUUUUUUGUUCUUUCUUUCCGUUACGGGUGGAUAUCGUCAGCGCUCGCUGCGGUUGCAGGGCACGCGCGUGGGCGGGCGUUGCCCAUCUUGGGCCCAUUUUUUAGCUUGAGGUAAGGUUAGGGUUUAAAAGGCGGAGGCUACUGCAACCCCCGGGUACUGCGGGGGUGUUGAACGGGAGUGAGGGUCGGAUCGCGCAUUUGUCCCGUUCUGACACGUCGGGGAGGGCAUCGAAAGGUGUGUGAACUGGCGCCAGAAUAGAUGGGGCGGACAACCCCCCCCACACAACUCGGUGUCCACUAAUACAUAAGCACCGUUCCGACAGAAGUUGAAGAGUCUCGCGUGAAGAACCCCCGACUCUCUAGUCUCUCAAUACGCAGUUAAAGCGCUGGAAUGGGUCU